AUGUUAUCAUCUUGGGAGAUCUCAGAAGUACAUACUCAUUAUCGACUAAGGAACUUUACAAUCGACCUUAUUUCUGACGACCUGUCCGCCAACCCGACCACCCGACUGUGUCACUUCUACCCAGGGAGCAUUGGAAAGUAUGUCACUGAGGUCAUUGCUUGUGAUGACCUGCUGACCGCACAAAAGGUCAGGGUCACGAAGAAGGGUCAUCUUGACUUCAGUGAGGUUUCCAUCAAGGCCCUGCCUGCAUGUGGAGGUUUGCAGUUUACAUUGAACCCUGGAAUCCGAAGACUGGACACUGCCUUGCGUCAGCUAGUUGUGGAUUCUACAACCAUGUGUGCAAUACACUGUCGAGAGGAAAUUGACUGCGACGCCUUCCAAACACUGACGUCAGCAACCAAUGUGACGUGUCAACUUCUCGUUGGCAAAAAUGGGAAUACCGUCACUGAUAACAAUUGGAAAUACUAUCAUUUGGCUGUAUGACAAUACAGCUUUCAUGUUAGGGCACGUUCACGUUUGUGUUUAGAUAUUCCCUUGGUUUAAUUUAUGUGAAAUGUAUUCUUUAAUUUAGGUCGUCAGUUUUAAACUUCAAACUUUCUUGUCAAUCGCACCUAUUUGUCUUCUUAAACCUCAUCCAUUAUCCUUCUUCAUCUGUGUCAGUUAAUUGUCAUGUCUACCUCAUUAGGUUUGUGUAACUGUAUAGCAUAUGUAACUUCAUGUAGUCAUUGGGGCGGUCGGGUA